UUCGCAAUGCUUGUUUGCGCGUAAAUCGUUCCUAACGUCCGCAACUAAAAGAGGGAGAGCAUAUGAAAAAUAUAGCAUAUAUUUUAGUAUCACGACUAAAACAACGAAACUAACGAAAGUGGCCUAAAAUACUAAACUAACAGAUGCGGGGGAAAAAGGCCGAAUUGACUCUAAGCUCGUCGUGCGCUGUGUGUUGCUGCCACACGGGCCGAGGCCGAUUGUGCGGAAACUUUGUGCGGUCUAGUUUCUCGGGUGCAUCGUGCAGCCAUGGGUCUGGGCGACUACCCGCCGAGGAAUGGCUUCGAAAAAACCAUGAACGCUCUCUACGCCCUGUUCGACGCUCCAGUCACGUGGGUGCGAGAGAACAUUGUCCUGCCAAACCGGCAAGAGAGGCCCGACUACGUCUGGUACCACCGCAAGUACCGUAGGGUGCCCACCAUCGAUGAGUGCUACACGGAUGACCUGAUGUGCAAGUUUGAAGCCAACGAGCAGUACAAGCGAGACAGGGAGAUAGACAGCAAGAUCGUUCACCUGCUCAGUCGCCGCCGGGACGACUGCUACACGUACGAGUUGAAUGACCCGCAGAAGUGCGACGAGAUCGUCGCACAGUUCAAGGAGGCCGAGCUAAACUGGUUUAUCAAAUAUGGCGACUUGAGCUUCCACACCACUGUUGUGAAUGCCUUCAUGAAACAGAAGCACCGGCUCAUCGCCGAGAGGCGCAGAGCGCUAAAGGCUCAAGAGAACGGCGAGCUGCAGUGAGCGGACGCCUGGCACAUGUCGGCGCUAUUGCGUCUAUAGCGCGCAAGCGUACGCCAUUUUGUCCUCGAGUGUUAUAAAGUAGGGUGCCACUUCUAUUGAAUAAAAAGAAAACUCUUGAUGUCUA